GAUCGCGAUAAUUUUGGUGGCUCUGGCUUCUACAUGUUGAUAUCUAUAGGACUAGCUUUAUUAAAUGUUCAUUCCUUGAACAUCACGCGGUCCGUUUUUAGUUGAGAUUCCCAGGGUUCCUCAUCUUCAUCGUCAGGUGUCGCCAUGUCAGUUGCGGAUCUAGGCUAUAAUCUGUCACCUGCAAUUACAAAGGUCCACAAAUCUUGACAGGGAUUGUUAUCCAGGGCUCCUAUCCACUUCCCCGCUAGCAUGGAGGGGGUGGAAGUAUCGUCAAAGACUGUUUCAGCUGGGGGAGUCUGUGCUCAGAUAUCCCAAGGUUUCUGUCAUUCAACAACAGCUUCAAAGUUAUCAUCAUUGCAUGAUGUCGAAGCCGAAAGCUCAGGCUACUGCUUUCAUCACGACUUGGGCCAGCCAUCGGCGUUCUUAGAUGAAUGAUGCCGAGGAUACGGUUCCUCAUCCGUUAGAGACGCCGCUGCCUCAUGACUCUGCUGAAGGGUUCGCUCCCCUGACGUCCCAGACUGAGCUGCCGUCGGUGCCUCCUCCAGCUUUGGUUCAGAUGUCAAACAUGUUUAUUGAUCAUGUUUGUAUAGACUGUAUAG